CGUAAAGCGCGCGCCCGAGCGGAGGCAGUGUUCGCGCGUGCACGUGAGGGCUGCCUGUGAGCUGCGUAACAUGCACAGGAGGGGAGCUCGCGCGCGCUAACCCCUCUGACUGACCAUACAUGUUCCGUUUUCAGUCUUUUGAUGAUGACUGCACCCUGGAGGAGGAGGAGGAGGGUCUGGUAGGGGAGGAAGAGGAGAUCGACCAGUUUAACGAUGACACGUUUGGAGCCGGAGCCAUCGAUGAUGACUGGCAGGAGGAGCAUGCGCGGCUGGCGGAGCUGGAUGAAAGAGACGGGCUGCUGGGAGGAGGUGGUGAAGCGUCCUCCCUCCCCGUCGUCCCCCCUCCGUCCGAGAGCGUCCCUCUUCCCUCCUCUCUCCCCCCUCCUCCCGCCUCCUCCCUCUCACCGCUCGGCUCGGAGGACAGGACCGGGGGCGACCUGGCCGAGUCUCUGGCUCACCUCAUCCUUGACGCCGAUCCCGCCAUCGCGGAGGUGGGCGCGGCCGAGCUGGACAGGUCCCGCCUCCCGCCUUCGGCUCUGCCCAGUCAGGGUUUGCCCCCGGGUUUAAGUGCCGUGUCUCGCUCGCUGCUAAGCUACCAGCAACAACAGCAUCUCCUGCACAGAGGAACAGUUCCACUGCAGCAGGUGAACUCUCACAGUAUUUGGGAGAACAACAUGGGCUUCGGUCCUGUUAGUGUUACACAUGGACUGGUCACACACAUCGAGGAGUCUCCGCUGCUGUCCAUGAUGAAAGAGCUUCCGAAGCGGACUCCUCCAAUCAGCCGGGAGGAGGGGCUGGAUUUGUCUGAAAGAGUCCCGCCCCCACGAGCCUCCUCGCCCGUGAUCGGGAGUCCACCCGUUAGAGCGAUACCCAUAGGAACUCCGCCCAAACAGCCUAUGAGCCACGCCCUGAAUCAGCAGCUCCAUCAUCCCACUGCGGUCCAUGUGAGGGCUCCAGUCCCACACCGUUACCCUCCUCCCUUCCCUGAGCGCCUCUCGCCCAACACCCUGCUCAACAUCGCUAACUCUCCACUGUGUCGUCCUCCGUUCCCGGGCGGAGUCGCUCCUGUCCUGUCUCAGAUACAGCGAGCGCAGCUGCUCAACUCUCAGGUGGGUCCGUUCCCCCGAGGUCCGGGUCCUGCUCCUUCCAUCAUGCCCGGUGCCGCAGGUUUCAGGCCCUUCUUCGGACAGCCGCCUCCUCGAGUCGGCCCUCACGGCCCCCACGGCCCGCAUCCUAAUCACGCCCCGCCCACUGGCCACGCCCCUAUCCGCCACAACACCACUCACCUCCACCCACAGCACCGCAGGAUGCUCACACAGAGGAUGCAGAGCAGAGGUGGUGGAGCGAGAGUGGGCGGAGACCGGAGGAUCAGGGACCCCUACAGUAACCUGAUGACCCCCAAGGAGAAGGACUGGGUGGCUCGUAUACAGAUGAUGCAGCUGCAGAGCACUGAUCCUUAUCUGGACGACUACUACUACCAGAAUUAUUAUGAAAAGAUGGAGAAGCGUCCGGAGCGAGACCGAGACAGUAGCAGGAAGGAGCACGCCACCAAACUCAUCACUCCUCAGGUGGCCAAACUCGAGCACACCUACCGCCCAGUGCAAUUUGCUGGGUCUCUGGGUAAACUCACCGUGUCCAGUGUGAACAAUCCCAGGAAGAUGAUCGAUGCCGUGGUGACGAGUCGCUCCGAUGAUGAAGAGAAGAGAGAGAAACAGGUGUGGAAUAAGAGAAGACAGAUCCUCUACACUGUGGAGAAGAUGUACACGCUGCUGCUGGAGGUACAAGACUUCGAGAAGAAAUUCCUCCAAACUCCAGAGGAGGAGAGAGAAGCUCUGCUGGAGCAGCACAAAACCAACACGCUGCAGCUCUACAACUCGCUGAGGGAGAAGGAGUGGGACGAGCGAGUGAGCGACGAGCAGUGUCUAAUGAUCAUGUCGGUGCGUAAAGGGAAACGCCUCAUCGCUAGGCUCCUCCCCUUUCUGUCUUCAUCCCAAGCUGCUAAUGUCGUCAUGGGAAUCGCCCGCAAUCUUCCCGCUCUGGCCAAGAAGGACAAGCAGGACCAGGUGCUGUGCUGUUUAGUGGAGCCGGUUGCAGGUGUGAUCCAGUCCAUGUCGAGUUCGGCCCUCACUGAUCUGCUGCAGGAGCUGCAGGGGGGCGACGGACACUUCCCCCGCGUGCUGCAGAAUAAAUUUGGUGUGACGCUGCUGUACCUGAUCCUGAGUGAGGGAGAGAGGAUGCAGAGCUCCGAUCCACACUGUCAGCUCAUGGACGAUAAUCGCUGGACGGAGCUGGUGUUCUCGGUGACCAGGGAGCUGUUACAGGUUCCCUCCUCCUCCCUCUCCCCUCCCCUCUUCACCCCCCCCAACCUCCUCUCGCUCUUCUCACGCUACGUCGACCGGCAGAGGCUCGAGCAGCUGCAGGAGAAACUACAGAUCACUGCCUUGUCCAGGUAGAAGAUACUUCACCCAUCGAGUCGCUGUCCAAUGUGUGUGUGUUUGUAUGUGCAAGUGUGUGUGUGUGACAUAAUAAUUAGGGCUUAUUUUAAUCCAUCAUAAAACUGUCAUUUCUUUAUUUUCCCAACUUUAUUAGGUGUGUGUGUGUGUUUGUGAGGAAGAGGUUGCGUCCGAUGAAGUCGAAUAUUCCUAAGGAGAUGAAUAUUCUGCAUUUUUAAAUAUGUUGUUAACACGAUGCCUGUGAUAAAACAUGAAAUUAAAAGUAUUUCUAUUGUAUAAA